AUGGCACCACCGAUAACUCUCGCAUCUCUUCCUGCUUCUCCUUCUCCCAACCACGCAGCGCAAUUGAGAUCACAGCCAACUGAAACGAAGAGACUUUUCAUCCCGCUAACAUUGGCAUGGCUUUCGUCUCUAUCUCUCUACGUCGGAAGAAACCGGAAACUGAAACAAAAAACAGAAGGGCAAGGGAAACCCAAAGCUUUCAUUGGUGCGUUGGUGUUUGACGUGAUGCCAGCUAACCGUGCACCAGAUGGAUCUUCUGUAAUCGAAAUGUCCACCCCCCAGCCUCCAAGUAAACCUAUCUGUGACGACAACAUCGCUCUACUAGUAGCUAGCUAG